AUUGUUUCUUGAAAUUAAAUCAUGAAACACCGUCGUAAGGAACUCUCGGAAGAUUGCUGGGAAUUGAUUCUGAAUCGAUUAGCAAUCGAUGACUUCAACUCCUUGCAAUCCCCUUCUUUGGUCUGCAAGCAAUUCCUCUCAAUCACCGAUCGAAUUCGACUCAAAUUGGAGGCCUCCGACAGAUUGUUCUACAGAAAUAACUGUGAUACUUUAUUCAGAUCCCUUCAACGAUUCAGAAACCUCAAAGAGAUCGAGCUUCGUGAUCCUAUCUUCGGUGACAAAGCCGAUGUCAAGUACCCCAUUCGAAGAAUCGCUUCUUCAGGGUUAGAUCUUCAAUCCCUCUCUCUAACCUGUUUACGAAAACCCCCAUUCCUGAAAACUUUCAUGAAAUUGGGUUCCACCAUGAAGAAUUUGAAGAUUCUAAGAUGUUGUCUACUCGAGUGUCUUCGCAAUCACCACCUUGUUGCUAUAGCUGAUGCUUUACCAUGGCUUGAAGAGCUCGACAUCCAGUUUUCCUGCUACUAUUGGAGCCCUGGGCGGGAUUCAAAUUCUAGAAGCGCAAAGUACAUGGUAACUGACGCUGGGAUCGAGGCAUUGUCGCGUAAGCUUUGGGGGUUGCGUAAAAUUGAUAUAACAGGUCAGGUUGGUUGUUCUGAUCGAUCUCUCAUUGCUUUGUCUUCAAAUUGUGUUCUUUUGAAUGAAAUUCGUUGUGGUUCAUGCAAAGUAACUGAACAUGGACAUUUGUUUUGUACUACGCCAUAGUCGAAACUUGAUUUGUUUCAAAGCGGGACACUAUUACAGUUCGCCAGACGUGAUCUUGAGUUAGACCCGCAUGGAAAUCAUGACCGACUAAUUUGUUCCAUUGCAGCAGCAGGCAUUCAAUUAGAGAAGAUCAUAUUGUACAAUGAUUCUGGUUUGAGCUUACAUGGACUCUCUACUUUCUUUUGUGCAUGCCCAUCUUUGACACACGUGAUGUUUUGUUCCAUAGAUAUCCUCACCGACAAUUCCAUGAGGGAUUUAUGUCGAUAUCUUCCUAAUCUUGUGUCCAUAAAGUUUUACCAGUGUUCAAACUUAACCACUGCAAUCUUCUUCAUCCUUGCAAAAGAAUGUCCUGUGCUUUCAGAGAUUGAAAUGCCACAUAUAAAUCUACAAGUUGAAGAUAAUUUUGAUAUGGAUUUGGAGAGGAAUUAUCAAAUUAGAUCCUUGGAUUUGAGUUGUGCUCGUGUGAAUAAUGAAUUCCUGAAAAAAAUAGGGGUUGUUUGCCCCAACUUACAGACUCUCAAUGUUACAGGACUUUACACAUUGACAGAAGGCAUUGAGGAAAUUUUGAAGUGCUGCUCGCAGAUUAAGCAUUUGACAGUGGACAGAACUAGAGAAAUAGUCAUCUUAAUGGAACAGUUCAAAACUCGCAGCAUUAAAAUUGAACAUCUUUGGAAACUAGAGGAGGUCAAUGACUGAUAUGAGUUAUCUCUGGCACUUGCAUUCUGUACGUAAAGAGAGAAAGAUAGUUCUAGGGCUGAUUGGACUUGUGAAUUGAGGAGGAAGAAUUGUCAGGGCUAUUUGUUAGGAAAAAUGCCAUAUUCCCUCUGCAUAUUUCUCUGAUUUUUUGCAGUCUGAAUUUGAAAAGAAGGCUUGUAAUUUGAACUCUUAAAAGUUUUUGUAUUUUUUUUUGGGCACAAGAUAGCUGUUAGUAUGUUACUUAGAUUACAAUGCAGGCCAGCGUUUCUCCAUUGACUUGAACUUUGAAAUCUCACUCACCUUGGCACAUAAGUGCCCUUCCCAUGACCACUUGUUGCUGAGGUGAUUUUAUUGAAAAGCAUUUAGCCUCA